AUGGGAAAGAGGAAGAGAAGAGGGGAUUUGGAGCUUCAACUCCCGGAUGAUAUUCUCUUGAACAUAUUCAAAAGAAUUCCAGCAAAGCCUCUUAUGCGACUCAAGUGCGUUUGUAAGUCUUGGAAAACCCUAAUUUCCAGCCCCUUCCUUGCUAAUUUGCACUACAAAGUCUCACAAACUCGGCCUGAUGCCUCCUAUCUUAUAUUCUAUCUUAGAAAAAACUUUUCAACGAUCCGAUCAAUCUUCCCUACAAAUCUUGAAGCCGCCUUCACAGCUGGACUCCCUACUCAUAACUUCCAGCAAUCUUCACCAUGCACAGAUAUUGUCAAUGGUCUCAUCUGUUUCUUCGACCGGAAAGAUUAUCAACUUAAGAUGCUGAAUAUUACCACCGGGGAAAAGGUAACGCUUCCUUAUCAGCGUCCACUACAAUUCCGUUAUCCAUCAAUGUUUCUGGGAUUUGAUCCUCAUAGGAAGGAAUAUAAAGUGCUCUGCACUUUGGAUUUCGGCAGGCAAGUUAAGUGGAGGAUUCUUACAAUUGGAACGAAUUUGUGGAGGACGAUGGGCAACAAACCACUACUGGAGAAAUUCAAGAAGGGGACAAUUUGUGUGGAUGGAUGUAUUUAUUGGAAAGAUGAAUUGUUCGUAGAUGGUGAAAGAGCUAUACAAUAUUUUCAUGUUGGGGAGGAGAAGUUUGGGAUGGUUUUUCCUCCCAAAAGGACUAAAAGAAUUCGUCAAGUGACACGGAUUGGAGAUGAUCUUGCCAUCGUAUACAGAAAACCAUUUUGUCAUAAUUUGUUGAAGCUAUGGAUAUUCAACAAGGAGGAUAAAAAUUGGGCCAAGAAUGUAAUCAAAUUGCCAAGAAUUCCAGUUUCCAGACUUGAAGUCAUAGGGACAACGCACAAAACUAGUGAAAUCUUGAUGACUACAAAAUUGGGGUACCAUGACAUGUUGCAGUUAGUAUUUUACAAUCUGGAAACAGAAAAUUUAAGGACCAGCAAUAUUUCUUGUCCUGGGAUGCCUAGCAUAGCAGCUGGUAAUCUCCUUUCCUAUGAUGCAAGUGCUACUGUGAGCAAUCAUGUAGAAAACAUUUUUCCACUGGAAUUUUCAAGCCAAGGAACAGCAUAA